AUGUUUGGGAUUCAAGAUACUUUAGGAAGAGGACCAGCUCUGAAAGAGAAAUCGCUGGGCGCCGAGAUGGAUUCGGUCAGGUCCUGGGUCCGGAAUGUCGGCGUGGUGGACGCCAACGUCGCUGCGCAGAGUGGAGUAGCCCUGUCCCGGGCCCACUUUGAGAAGCAGCCUCCUUCCAACUUGAGGAAAUCCAACUUCUUUCACUUCGUCCUGGCGCUCUACGACAGGCAGGGGCAGCCGGUGGAGAUAGAGCGCACCGCCUUCGUAGACUUUGUGGAGAACGACAAAGAACAAGGCAACGAGAAGACCAACAAUGGCACCCACUACAAGUUACAGCUCCUCUACAGCAACGGUGUCCGCACGGAGCAGGACCUGUACGUAAGGCUCAUCGACUCGGUCACCAAGCAGCCCAUAGCUUACGAGGGACAAAAUAAGAAUCCGGAAAUGUGCCGAGUUCUCCUGACACACGAAGUGAUGUGCAGUCGAUGUUGCGAAAAGAAAAGUUGUGGCAACCGAAAUGAGACUCCUUCAGACCCUGUCAUCAUCGACAGAUUCUUUUUAAAAUUUUUCCUCAAGUGCAAUCAGAAUUGUUUGAAAACAGCAGGAAACCCAAGGGACAUGAGAAGGUUUCAGGUUGUGUUGUCAACAACGGUGAACGUGGAUGGACACGUGCUGGCUGUUUCCGACAACAUGUUUGUUCACAACAACUCGAAGCACGGGCGGAGAGCGAGAAGGCUGGACCCGUCGGAAGGUAGGGGCACACCUGACUUUUUCUUUCCUAUCUUCUUAGCUACUCCAUGCAUCAAAGCCAUUAGCCCGAGUGAAGGCUGGACCACCGGAGGAGCCAUGGUCAUCAUCAUUGGGGACAACUUCUUUGAUGGCCUCCAAGUGGUGUUUGGGACUAUGCUUGUAUGGAGCGAGCUAAUAACUCCUCAUGCCAUCAGAGUGCAGACUCCUCCUCGGCACAUUCCUGGAGUAGUAGAAGUGACAUUAUCUUAUAAAUCCAAACAGUUCUGCAAAGGAGCUCCAGGAAGGUUCAUUUACACAGCAUUAAAUGAACCCACCAUAGACUAUGGCUUUCAGAGACUGCAGAAAGUCAUCCCAAGGCAUCCUGGAGAUCCUGAGAGAUUAGCUAAGGAAAUGCUGUUGAAAAGAGCUGCAGAUCUGGUGGAGGCGCUCUAUGGGACACCACACAAUAACCAGGACAUCAUUUUGAAGCGCGCCGCAGACAUUGCUGAAGCCCUGUACAGUGUCCCCAGGAAUCCCAGCCAGAUCCCAGCUCUCUCCAGCUCUCCAGCUCACAGUGGCAUGAUGGGCAUCAAUUCUUACGGCAGCCAGCUUGGGGUCAGCAUCUCAGAGUCAACACAGGGAAAUAAUCAAGGAUACAUCCGCAACACAAGCAGCAUCUCUCCGCGGGGCUACUCUUCCAGCUCCACCCCUCAGCAGUCUAACUACAGCACCUCCAGUAACAGUAUGAAUGGCUACAGCAACGUCCCUAUGGCCAACCUGGGUGUCCCAGGAUCUCCAGGAUUCCUAAACGGCUCCCCCACAGGCUCCCCUUAUGGAAUCAUGUCAUCAAGUCCCACUGUUGGAUCUUCCAGCACGUCCUCCAUCCUCCCAUUUUCCUCUUCAGUUUUUCCUGCUGUCAAACAGAAGAGUGCCUUUGCCCCUGUCAUCAGGCCCCAAGGCUCCCCUUCGCCCGCCUGCUCCAGUGGCAAUGGAAAUGGAUUCAGAGCCAUGACCGGACUUGUCGUGCCCCCGAUGUAA